AUGUUCCCAGUCCCCUUGGCUCCAGCAUCAGUAUCACCAGUCCCCUUGGCUCCAGCAUCAGUACCACCAGUCCCCUCGGCUCCAGCAUCAGUACCACCAGCACCACCCAAUCCAAUCUCAGCGCCCACAGAUUUGGUUUCCGAACAAGCAGGCUCCAUCAUGGACAACAAUCAAUCUCUACCCAAUCUAGUCACGUCUUUAUCCCAAUCAAAAGCUCUGAGCAAUGAGUGUAGUCCAAAAGCUCUGAACAACUGUCUUCCAGAAAAUCCAAGCAAACAUUCCAAAACAUCUACUGAAGACUCUAGUGAAAAGGCUCCAAUCAACGAUCUUCAAGCGGACCAAAAUAAGCCCGACUCAAGUGUACCUACCCAAUCCACUCCCAGCGGCGAGCUUGAUUCUUCAAGUACCCCAACUUUGAUCAGGGACCCCAAGAGCUAUAACUAUGUACAAGGAGAGUCCGAUUCGGAUAGCCCCGAAGAGUCCGAUUCGGAUAGCCCCAAAGAGGACAUUGAAGACAGCAACUUGGACGAUUACAAAGCUAAAGACAAUGGAACAAGUGGUGCUUCCGAAUCUGACAAUCAGUUUGAGACAGUUGAAAAGCAAGAAGCAGACCCAAUUUCACCGUCAAAAAGUGACCAGUGCGAGUCAAACCAGAAUGCAUUGGCCGAGCCGACCCAACCUGCUCGACUGCCACCUCUUGGCCGAGCCGACCCAACCUGCUCGACUGCCACCUCGAGAUCGCUAUGUGCUGCCAGAGAUAGAAAGCAACAGAAGGACCUCAUCAACACACUCAAGGCCAAGGCGCAAUGUCUGGUGAACACGCUCACCCGCAAGCUCAAAAAGAUCCUUUGCAUCCCCAGAGUCCGCCGCGCAGCUCAGGCCUUGGGCCCUGGGGAUUGUAAUGCUUAUGCAAAAUCCCUUGGCAUUAUGCCUGUGCCGUUUGCCUACAGCUUCGAGGCCUUUCCGCUCUACAUCAGUCACUUUGGGAUGUCGCCCGCUAUAGCCAUCUGCAGAGCCCUCCUCUUCUAUCUUUAUCCGAGGCUUUCCCGCUCCAUAUCCGUGACUUUGGGAUGUCGCCUGCGAAUGCCAUCUGCCGAGUCCUCCUCUCCUAUCGUCCUCUGUGAUGCCUUUGUCCAUGAUGGAACGGCUUUCAGGCGGCCAAAAGCAAGCGUACGCCAACCCUGA